GAAUAAGCAAAUAAAUAUUCAAUUAAACAAUAAAUAAAAAAAUAAAAACAAUGAUAAGAGAAGGCCGUCGUCGCCGUGAAAAUUCAAUUCACUUUCUUCUCCGACCGGAAGAAGGCGGCGAAAAAGGCGGCAGCAGAGCUUAUUUCAACUUCCAUGGCGGCCGCCUCCUCCUUGUUCACCUCACCCCUUUCCUUCCUCUUCUUCUUCUUCUUCCCAAUCGUCCUCCUCUUCUUCUUCUUCCACUCUUCUUCUGAUCAUCGUCCGUCUCGGGCCAAAUCCCCUCCAUGUCCCCAGUCUUAUCCCGUCAUCGGGAAUCUCAUCGGGUUCCUCCGGAACCGCCACCGCUUCCACGACUGGGUCGCCGAGAUGCUCUCCGAAACCCCCAACUCGACUCUCCGAGUCAAGACCUUCCUCAACCUCUCCCACGGCAUCUGCACCGUCGACCCGGCCAAUCUCCAGCACCUCCUCGCCGUCAACUUCCCCAACUACAUCAAAGGCUCCCGCUACCACGACGUCCUCCGCGAGCUCCUCGGUGACGGAAUCUUCGCUGUUGACGGCCACCUGUGGGCGGCGCAGCGCAAGGUCGCCAGCUACGAGUUCAGCACCAGGUCGCUCAAGCACUUCAUCGCCGAUACCGUCAACUUCGAGAUCACUCAUCGCCUCAUCCCUUUCCUCUCCGAAGCCUGCGACGAGAACAGAGUCAUUGACCUUCAGCAAGUGUUGCAGAAGUUCACCUUCGAUAACAUCUGCAAUGUCGCUUUCGGUGUCGAUCCUCAUUCCUUGAACAUGCGCUCGAGCUCAGCCUCGAACUUGCCUAACGCGUCGGCUUUUGUCAGCGCUUUCGAAGAUGCGAUCGGGAUUGUUUCAUCGAGAUUCAUGUCGCCGUUGCCUCUGAUCUGGAAAGUUAAGAGGUCUCUCAACAUCGGAUCCGAGAGGCGGUUCAAGGAUGACAUUGACGUGAUCGACCAGUUUGCGCUGAGCAUAAUAAGAUCAAAAGAGGAGGCAAUGGAAAUGAAUCCGGAGAAAGGUAACGAAGCUGCAAGCAAUCAGGAUCUGUUGUCGAGGUUCAUGUCUUCAAGCUCGCAUUUGGAGUUCGAUAAUCCGGAGCAGAGGAGGAAGUUCCUGAGGGACAUUGUCAUAAGCUUCAUGCUGGCCGGAAAGGACUCGACCUCGACGGCUCUCACGUGGUUCUUCUGGCUGGUGGCUGGCCAUCAUCGGAGCGAGAGCAGAAUCCUCGCCGAGCUCUCGUCGCCAGAGAAGAAGAAGACCGGGGGAAUCUUCACCUAUGAUGAGCUGAAGAAGCUCCAUUAUGUGCACGCGGCGGUAUCGGAGUCCAUGAGGCUGUUCCCUCCCGUGCCGAUCGAUUCCAGACUAACUGUGGACGAAGAUGUCCUGCCUGAUGGGACUUACGUCGGCAAGGGGUGGUUCGCAGACUACUCCGCCUAUGCGAUGGGGCGGAACAGGAAGGUCUGGGGAGAUGACUGUAGGGAGUUCAAGCCGGAGAGGUGGUUGGACGAUGCGGGAGCGUAUCGACCACAGGAUCAGUUCCGGUAUCCGGUGUUUCACUCCGGGCCCAGGAUGUGCUUAGGGAAAGAGAUGGCUUACGUCCAGAUGAAGUCGAUCGUGGCUGCUGUGAUGGGAGAGUUCGAAGUCCUGCCCAUCGAUGGAGGCGGGACCGCAGAAAAGAUGAUGAAUCCGCUCUACACGUGGUCGUUGCUUCUCAAGAUGAGAGGCGGGUUGCCCGUUCGACUAAAGCGGCGAUCAUUGAUAUAACCACACUUUUACGAAAGUUGAUAUUAUGAUUAAAAUGGCGGAAAAAGGUUAUUCAAUGACUAUGAAAUGUAUACGAUUAUGUAUAUAUUUUGGGCAAAUAUGUAUAGGAUAUACUUUGAAAUCUGAUUUUUUUUUUUCGCUGAAUAAAAAAUUGCAUUAAUUA